AUGAGAGGAGUCCCGACAGGAACUGGUGGAGCAGAGCUGAAUUCCAGUGAUUCUGAUGCUGGCAGUAGCAAGGGCAAGGAAGAGGUGAAGGAAGGUGCUGCCAAACAUGAACAGUGGUUAGAGCUUCAAAAAUUGGAAGAGCGGCUGCAAGUUCUGGAUGCCUUGCUGGGGCCAGGACUGUACGAGCAGGGUGGUCAAUUCACUGGCGCAAACAGAGGGGAAGCAGAGAAGGCAGCAGAGGAAGAAGAGGAUAAUGACGCGAAAAUAGCACGCUUGGUGCACUUCAUGAUGAAAUUGGAAGAGCGGAUGAAAAAUCCUGGGGUGUUGCAAAGCGCACAUGGUUCUGCAGUCCAGAAUGACCCGGAUGGAGCGGGACAGCCCACCGGAGCAACCGGAGGAGCAGCAGGGAAAGCAUUAGUGGAGGAAAGUUCAAAGCCACUUCAGCUGCUGUCUCGGGCGGACAUGGUUCAUUACUUGAACGUGACAAGCGGGUGGGAUGAGGAUCUGUGCGCGUGCUGCUUUGACCGUGCAGUGAGCCAGCGAGCACAGCGGGCUCUUGGCAUGAAGAACCUGGAGGACUUGCGUCGCCACCUGCGCGCGCAGCAGCCUUGUUGCAUCCCCGCAGCAGAUCCCAAGCAGCAGCAGCAUCAUGCAAUGUCUUCUCAGGUGCUAUUUGCGUGGAAACCCGACAGGGCGCCUCGCCUUUGCGCGGAACGGAUGUUUCUCGAGUGGAUGGCUGAGCCUUGUGUGGCAAUUGUCACUGAGCUGGGGGGGAGCAGGCAGGGGGAGAUUGACAAUUUCGCUUCCAUGCUGGUGCAGGUGCUGGGGGUGAAGGAAAGUGCUGAUCUGCAGGAAGGGUUUGGGUUCUUUGUGCAACAACUGCUGUCAGGUGGGCUGGAGAAUGCGCAUGCACAGGGGAGGGGGGGAGGUGGGGGCAAGGCUGCUGAGAAGGUGCAUGGGAAGGGGAAGGGGAUGGGGUUGGCUGAGGAGAAGGCUGUCGAGAAGACGUAUGGGGGGGCGAAGGGCAUGUGCGAGGCUUCACAUGGGAAGGAGGAUGGGAGACACGGAGAGGAAGAGGCAGGGAGCAAGGUAAAGAUGGAUGGGGUUGUUGGCAAGUGGGGGAGGGCACAAAAGGACGUGAAGUGGAGGGCGCAUCUGAAGGGACGUGUGUGGGAGAGGAAGAGGCUGCUGCAUUGCCUGGAGCAGACAACGGGGAUGGAUGGAGAAGAAGGGGCAGAUGCAGGAGCGGCCCUGCCUAGUGCAAACUCUAGACUCGUGCCUGUCAAUACAAACCCGGUGGUUGCUGCACUCACCUAUCGAGUUGGAUGCAUCUUGCAGUGGAUCCGGGUCUACGGCUCAGAUUCCAUCUCGGAGAAACAGUGCUUCAUAAACGACCCUCAGAGCAAGGUCAGGUCCAUGCGCCAUCCGCUUCGGGACCUUCCUAGCCUUCUGGUCAGGUUCGGCGCCAUCCCGAAGCCUCUAGAGGGAAGCAGCAUUGCUUUGGAGUGGGAGGAGUGGCCUGCAGGCGAGGAAGCUGCUGUGAAGUUUCCUGUGAACCGAAAGGAGAGGUGUUUUGGGCUUGGGAUUGUGGAGGAGCGUGGUGAAGCAGCUGAGAAGCUGAUUGGGCAUCCUCCUCGUCAGCACACAUCUGAAGCAGGAGGGGACAGCAGGCGUGCAAAGGAGAAAGGAUCCAAUGCAGAAGGCCAAGGAGGUAGUCAGGAAGGAGAAUGGAGCAUGGCGCGUAGGAUAGCUGAAGCAGGAGGGGACAGCAGGAGUGCAAGGAGGAGAGUGUCCAGGGCAAUAGAGCAAGGAGCUUGGGAGGAAUCCAUACAGAGCAGAGCGCGUGGAAGAGCCAAAGCAUCUGGGAACGACGAGCAGAAAGAAACACUGCCACCCCCAAGAAGGAAGCUUCCUAUUGUUCGCUGCCAGGCAGACGUGGACUUCCUGGUGGGGUUUGCCGGGUAUAUCAUGGACCCUCCUGCCUGCACCCACUGCAGCACCUGCUCCGCGGAAUUCAUGCAAUCCGUGUGCAUAGCUGCUCUCAUCGCCAACUUCGCUUACCGCCCCGUCAGCCAGCUGUUCUCCCGCGUACUCUCAGUCUUCCCUCCCUCCUCCCCUGGCUUCCACAAGCUGGUUGAGUGCCUGGACCUCCCCGCACGCCUGCCCAGGCCGCUGAACCUGAAUAUACUGCUGAGCCGGGCGGAGCAGGUGCCUCUGUUCUUCCUCAUUCACAUGGCGGUGUGGUGCGCUCGUCCUCUUCUGAAUCUUGAUUGUUCUGAGGGAGGGCACAGUGAGAACGGGCAGGGAGUGCAGUCAGGUGCACGAAAAAAUGGAGUGGCGGAGGGAAAAGGUGGCAGUGUGAAGGUGCAAGGCUGCUGGGAUGGUGAGAUGGAUCAGGCGAACGGUGGAGAGGUAUGGGAAGAGGUGGAAACGUGGUACUUUGCAACAAUGAAGACAUGGAUGUCGAACCUGAGGGUUGAGGGAGGGAGUGAGAAGUGCAGCGGCAGCAGAGAGCGGGAGAGGCCUACAGGGGGGUUCGACAUCACGUGGGCUCUUGCAGCGGCGAUCAUCCCGAGAUACUGUGAGGGGUUGCAGGGACAGCGAAGGUCUGCCAUGGGGAGCAGCAACAAGGGUAGCAGCAGCAGCGGCGGCUGUGAGAAGAAGGGCAAAAUGGGGGAGGAGCCGGCGUAUCUGAAGGCGUGGCCGGGGGGAGUGAAUCUGGUGGCAUGUCUGCGAGAGAUGCUGCUGGGGGAGCCGUGCUACCGCCCUGCCUCCCGUGCUGCCCCUUCUGUCCAUCCUGCUUCCACCCCUCGUGCUGCUUCCACCCAUCGUGCUGCUUCCACCCAUCCUGCUGCUUCCACCCAUCCUGCUGCUUCCACCCAUCCUGCUGCUUCCACCCAUCGUGCUGCUUCCACCCAUCCUGCUGCUUCCACCCAUCCUGCUGCUUCCACCCAUCGUGCUGCUUCCACCCAUCCAUCCUGCUCAGGCCCUAUUUUAUCAGGCCCUGAUCCUGCUGCUUCCACCCAUCCUGCUGCUUCCACCCAUCCUGCUGCUUCCACCCAUCCUGCUGCUUCCACCCAUCCUGCUGCUUCCACCCAUCCUGCUGCUUCCACCCAUCCUGCUGCUUCCACCCAUCCUGCUGCUUCCACCCAUCCUGCUGCUUCCACCCAUCCUGCUGCUUCCACCCAUCCUGCUGCUUCCACCCAUCCUGCUGCUUCCACCCAUCCUGCUGCUUCCACCCAUCCUGCUGCUUCCACCCAUCCUGCUGCUUCCACCCAUCCUGCUGCUUCCACCCAUCCUGCUGCUUCCACCCAUCCUGCAGAUAGCACCCGUGCUGCAUCUGCUGCUACAGCUGCUGCUGCUUCAGGUGUCCAAGGCCGUGUGUGCGGUGCUGCGGGAUGUGGGACGGUGGAGGGUGGCGGAGUGAAGCUGAGGAGAUGCGGUGGGUGUCGCAAGGUGGCGUAUUGCAGCAGAGAGUGCCAAAAGGCGCACUGGCCCUCCCACAAGCUCACAUGCCCCGGCAGGACCAGCGGGAAGAAGAAUGGGAAGGAUGGGAGCAGGGUUGGGAACAAGGAUGGUCGCAUGAAAAUUGGCAAGGAGAGUGGUUGUGAGGGUUGCCGAGAGAGUGGUGACAAAGAAAUAUGCGGGCAGGUUGGAAAGAUGAUUGGCGAGGUCAGUUGCAUGGGCAGGUGCAAGGACAAUGCUAGGCAGUGA